AUGCCCAAGACAGGAAUCGAACCUGUGUCGCCACGGCCACAACGUGGAGUACUAACCACUAUACUACUUGGGCCGAAAGCAGACUACCCAGAAUGUGGGUCUCAACUGUCCCCUACAAAGCCUUCUCACCCAAAACAAUGCCCAAGACAGGAAUCGAAGUUGUGUCGCCACGGCCACAACGUGGAGUACCAACCACUAUACUACUUCGGCCGAAAGCGUACCGUUGAAAUAAGAUACAAAUUGGUAUUACGUAUUGCAGAGACUACCCAGAAUGUGGGUCUCACUGUCCCCUACAAAGCCUUCUCACCCAAAACAAUGCCCAAGACAGGAAUCGAACCUGUGUCGCCACGGCCACAACAUGGAGUACUAACCACUAUACUACUUGGGCCGAAAGCGUGA